CUUGUAUUUGAUUUUCUUGCAAUUGAUUGGCUACUGAUGAAACUCGUUGCGACGCACUCCGCCGCACAUCGAAGAUGCAACGAUUGCAGCAAAAGGUGCUAGGGAAGGUCAAGCUCUUGGGGCUCAAGGACAGUCUGCCGACGACGACCGGCAAAGCGGCGCACGUCUUGUUCGUGCCCAAGACAUCAAGCAACGAAUCUCUCCGAACAGCGCUGCCAUUUGCGGUCUCGGAAGAAGUGCUCAACGAUUUCAAUGGCCAUGCCAAGGAAACACUUUUGUUGUAUCCCAAAGAUGGCCAGCGCACGCUUCUCGUGGGCCUUGGGGACAAGAUCGACGAAGUAUCCCUGCGUGAUGCAACCCAUGAAGCCCUCGUGAAUCUGAAAGGCCGAGGCGUUCGACACGCCUUCCUACGUGCACCCCACAUUGACAACAUGACUGAACAACGUGUCGCGGAACUCAUGGCGCAGGCGUCAGUGUUGUCGAAUUACGAAUUUAAUCGCCACCUUUCCGCCCCGGAAGACCCGACCGUCGACGAAAAACUGCCUUUACGCGACAUCUUCGUGCAAACGCCUGCGUCGGACGAGGACGCCUGCCGCGUCGCGGAGACGCUCGCGGUUGCCGAGGAAACGCUCUUCGCGCGCAACUUGGGCAACGAGAGGUCGGACGUAGUCACCCCAGCGUUCGUGGAGGCAGUGGCGAUCGAGAGCGCCAAGACGCUUCCCAACCUCCGCGUGACCGUUCUGCAGGACGAUGAACUGCGUGCGAAGGGCCUCAACAUGAUGGCGCUCGUGGGCCAAGCGGGUGUGUGUCCACCGCGCCUCGUCCUCUUGGAGUACGACGGCAACGCAACUGCCCCCGCUGAUCGCAUCGCUUUGGUCGGAAAGGUGCAGUCUCCUUCGCGCCACUACCCUUUCGUGAUGAAGGAUGCUCAGGGCAUCACGUUUGACACGGGCGGACUCAACUUGAAGCCGACGGGGUCGAUGGAGGACAUGCACAUGGACAUGUGCGGUUCCGCGGCCGUCCUCGGCGCUGUUCGUGCAGCGGCCAAGAAUGGACUGCGCGUGAACGUCAUCGCCGCGCUUGCGCUGGCCGAGAAUGCGAUCGGGUCCAAAGCUGCCAAGCCCCACACCAUUGUCAAGUCGCUCAAGGGCCUCACGGUGGAGGUGAACAACACGGACGCCGAAGGCCGCCUCGUGCUGGCCGAUGCGCUCACGUAUGUGCAGCAGCAGUUCAAGCCCCACACUGUCAUCGACGUUGCGACGCUCACGGGCGCGUGUGUUGUCGCGCUCGGCGAGUACAGCGCCGGGUUGUUCAGCAACGCCGACGACUUGGCCACCGCCCUCGAGGUUGCGGGCAAGUCGACGCACGAACGAUGCUGGCGCCUGCCCAUCUUUGCCGAGCACACGGCCGAGCUCAAAGGGUUUCAGUCGGAUUCGCGAAGCACUGGCGCGGGGCGGUAUGGCGGCGCGAGCACGGCGGCGGCGUUUCUGCAGCAGUUUAUCGAGAAGGACGUCAAGUGGGCCCACUUGGACAUUGCAGGCCCGGCCAUGUACUCUGCAGCGCGAUCAUUCUUUCCCAAGGGCGCGACUGGCUUCGGUGUGCAGGUGCUGCACGAGUACCUCAAGCGGACGACCGUCGCGUCGGCGUGAAGCACUCCGCACGACCGAGUGUGGACAUCGCGAGAAGGUGGUGUUGACAUUAAAAUACGGUGGUUGGGGUGGCUAUGGGCUAUCGGGGAUGGUGCUUCGUGACGUUUACAGAAACAUGGACGCGGCUUCGUACAGGACGCCGUAGUCGUCUGCAAAUCGCGGCGCAUUCGGCCCUGUCUGGAGGUGCUGCUGCUGCGUGUGCAUCGCGUGGGGAGUUGACGUCGAAUGUGAUGACUUGGAGUGGUAUGGUGCAUGCGAUGUGGACUGGGAUGCCGCGGCGUGAUGUGCGUGCCGGGGUUGUUGCAGAGAACGCAGCGCUUGGUGGGGUUGGUGGGAGUACAUGUGUGGGCGGUGGUCGGCCGACGCGUCCGACGAAGGAGGCAGACGGACCGCGGCGUUGGUCGACUCUAUUCGCCUUGAGUCGGAUGAACUGUACACCGGUUGUGAAGGCAUUGGGGAGAAGCAUAGGUUGGAUGGCGGGGACACAGGCGUCAAUGGACGCGUCUUCGUCGGGAGUUGCGAAUGCUUCUCGUGCUGGUCGAAUGCCAUGCAUGGCGGGGUCUUUGGGAGUGUCAUGAAUCGUUGCAGCGACUUGGACGGAAAGGGUGCUUGGAUACGUAGCGGCAUCGUGUCGGGCAUGAUUGUGGUGUGGGGAGGAGUCUCGGGGUCCAUCAAACACAUGAGUGUGUCCAAGUCUUGCGAGUUUAAGUGAAGCAUGGGGUCGAGCGAGAAAGGCGGUUCGUCUCCUUUCGGGGUUUCGUUUUCAAGGAACUUGCCUAUAGAGUCGUUUUCAUCGCCCGAGCCGGCAUUGCCGCCGUUGGCCGCGUCGUCGUCGUGGCCAUAAUGGCGCGUGAUCUUUGACAGGAGGUCCUUUCGGUUCUGUCGAAAGUACGGGUGGGUGAACGUGUACAUGUGGGAUCGAAACUUGGUGUUCUUCUUGAAACCAAAGUAGUUGAGCUGUCGUUGAAAGCUCGUAAACUUGCUGUGCUUGAAAUACUUGGGAAGGAUGUGACUCUCGAGCGUGUGUCGGUCGAGAACUUGCACCGACGCUCCGUCAAGCGUCCAAGAGAUGAUCUGCGUGUCCUCGGUUUCGAGCAUCUCGAACAGCGAUCGAAGGAACUUGGGCACACCAACGUCGCGCUUCUUCGACCGCGGCCCCGUUGUGGGACUGAUCAUCGGCGCCGCAAAAUCGAGACUGCCGC